GCAGGCAGAUCUCUGAGUUCAAGGCCAGCCUGAUCUACAGAGUGAGUUCCAGGAUGUCCAGGGUUGUCUCGAAAAAACAGCAAAAACCCAAAUACAAACAAAGAAAAAGCCCAUGGUAAGAUUCAGUAGUCAUACCUGUUGGGAUUUGAGGAAUGUAAAAACACACAACCUAGGAUGCUCUGAGGAGCAGCAGUAGCUGUUUAGUGAAAAGUUGAUUGACUUUGGAAUCAGUAGACCUAUAUUUAAUUGCUGCCCACCUUCUGUACAUAGGGCUGGACAGAUCACUCCUUCCUUCUAGUCUUAGGAUUCUCACUUGUGAAAUUGAGAUAAUUUUCCACUUGUUCAUCAAGAUGGAAAGUUCAGAUUCUAACGACAAAGGAAAUGACCAAUCUGCAGCACAGCGCAGAAGUCAGAUGGACCGAUUAGACCGGGAAGAAGCUUUCUACCAAUUUGUCAAUAAUCUGAGUGAAGAAGACUAUAGACUCAUGAGGGACAACAACUUGCUAGGCACUCCAGGUGAAAGUACUGAGGAGGAGUUACUCAGAAGACUACAACAAAUUAAAGAAGGCCCACCACCGCAGAGCUCAGAUGAAAAUCGAGGUGGAGACACUUCAGAUGACAUGUCCAACGGUGAUUCUAUAAUAGAUUGGCUUAACUCUGUCAGACAGACUGGAAAUACAACACGAAGUGGUCAGAGAGGAAAUCAGUCCUGGAGAGCAGUGAGCCGGACUAAUCCAAACAGUGGUGAUUUCAGAUUCAGUUUAGAGAUAAAUGUUAACCGUAAUAAUGGAAGCCAAACUCUAGAUAAUGAAAAUGAGCCAUCUGCUAGACGUCUUAGUGUAGAAAGCAUGGAAACCAGCAGCCAAAGGGAAGUGGAAAGUCCUGCAUCUGAAUCGACAUCAGCCAGACCAUCAAGGGCAGAACGAAAUUCAUCUGAAGCCGUAAUUGAAGUGCCAUCCACCAGAGGCCAGAGGAGGGCAAGAAGCCGCAGCCCGGAACACCGGAGAACAAGAGCAAGAUCUGAAAGAAGUAGGUCACCUCUGCAUCCAACAAGUGAACUUCCACGAAGAAACCAGCAUAGUAUCUCAUCUCAGACUUUUGAGCACCCUUUGGUAAGUGAGCCCGAAGGGAGUUCUAGAACCCGCCACCACGUGACCUUGAGACAGCAGAUAACCGGAUCUGAGUUACUAGGGAGAGGUCUUUUUGCAGCUGCUGGGUCAAGAAAUGCCACUCAAGGAACAAGUUCUUCAGAUGCAGGAAGCAAUGGUGAAUCCACAGGAUCUGGUCAGAGACCUCCAACCAUAGUCCUUGAUCUUCAAGUGAGAAGAGUUCGUCCUGGAGAAUACCGGCAGAGAGAUAGUAUAGCUAGCAGAACUCGGUCAAGGUCUCAGACUCCAAACAACACAGUCACUUAUGAGAGUGAGCGUGGAGGGUUUAGACGCACCUUCUCACGUUCUGAACGUGCAGGCGUGAGAACCUACGUCAGUACUAUCAGGAUUCCCAUUCGUAGAAUCUUAAAUACUGGACUAAGCGAAACGACAUCUGUUGCAAUUCAAACUAUGUUAAGGCAGAUAAUGACAGGUUUUGGUGAGCUAAGCUACUUUAUGUACAGUGACAGUGAUUCAGAGCCUAGUGCCUCAGUGCCCACUCGAAAUAUGGAGAGAGUAGAAUCGCGGAAUGGAAGAGGGAGCUCUGGUGGUGCUAACACCUCUGGUACCACUUCGAGCCCUAGCCCUAGUUCAAGUGGUGAAAGUUCAGAAAGUAGCUCAGAGAUGUUUGAAGGUGGUAAUGAAGGAGGUUCAUCUGGCCCAGCAGGUGCCAGGAGAGAUGGUCGACAUAGGGCCCCAGUGGCAUUUGAUGAAAGUGGCUCCCUGCCAUUCCUUAGCCUGGCCCAGUUUUUUCUCUUGAAUGAAGAUGAUGAGGACCAACCGAGAGGACUCACCAAAGAACAAAUCGAUAACUUGGCAAUGAGAAGUUUUGGUGAAAACGAUGCAUUGAAGACCUGUAGUGUUUGCAUUACAGAAUAUACAGAAGGCAACAAACUUCGUAAACUACCUUGUUCCCAUGAGUACCACGUCCAUUGCAUUGACCGCUGGUUAUCAGAGAAUUCCACCUGUCCCAUUUGCCGCAGGGCAGUUUUAUCUUCUGGGAACAGAGAAAGUGUUGUGUGAUGAAAACAAGACUCUCAGCCAUAUAGCUGAAAUUGUGAUGGGCAAACAGAAAUCACUUGGCUUUAUCUCCACUUUUUUUUGAGUGGUGCUUAAUACGUAGUUACAGCCUGAAGUGAGUCAUUGCUUUCCGGUAGAGCCAUUCUUUUCUCUAGUUUCUCUUUCAGGAUGGAAAGACUUUUAAAAACAACGUUCUAGGACUUAACUGUUUGAUUUCGGUACCUGAUGAAGUGCUAACCUGUUACUGAUACUUUACCCAUGUACGCGUGUCAGCUUUUUCUUUGUUAUCCUAAGGUCUGCCUUAGCAGUGGCUCCUUUCUAGCUCAUGUUGACCUCUUUUUAAAGUUUCCCAGGCCAUCAGAGACCCACUCAAGACUAAGUCCCAUUACGCCUUUUGUAAGUGAUUACUUAAAACUAUGCCAUUCCCAGUCAUUGACACAAACUCACUCACAUUCUGACCAUUGCUUGUUCACCUUCCAGAGUGGGUGAUGACGGACGUAUCAGUGUAAAUAACACUAAGCAGUUAGGAUCUUCUAAGCGUAUUAACUGUCCUAAGCCCAUCACUGUGGCACACAUUAGAGUGAAACUUAUAGUUUAAUUGAAAUAUUUAUCUUGUGGAAAUAUUAAAAAGCCUAUGCUUGUGUAAGUGAAAAAAA